GUGAGUACAAUUACUUGAGCAAGCAUUCUGGCAGCUACUGUAAGAGCUGCCAGCAUCAAAAUUCAUUUCCUUCUUCAGUUUGAGAGCUACAGACAUUCCUGACGUGGCCCUGUGACCAUUCAUAUGCACUCCUUACCCAUUCUUUAUUGUUUUAAUAAGCAUUGACUGUAUUUGGUACUAGAGAUUUCGUGUUCAUGUCGAUAGAUCGAGAGGUUCUGCAUGUAUACUGUCGUUUUUAAAUUUAAAACACGUUCUGAAGUAUAGAGUGACAAAAGUGAAGAUUAAUCACAAUCAUAACGUACCUGCUACCGUCGGUUCUCCUCGAGUAGACUCAAAUUCGCACAAGUCCAUCUUUUGUCAGCCCAUCAUAGUUUUCUCACAUUCUUUUGCAUAACGUCUCGAGAUUCUUCUUUUUCAGAAGUUUCUGUUUCUAUUUUGAGGUUGGUUAACCAUGACCACUUGCACGACCUACCUCUGGAUCAUGUUGCUGUUGAUGCAUAUGUUGAUAUCAGAGGCCAACGCAAUACCAGCAACAGCCACGUUUUAUGGUGGAAACGAUGCGUCUGGCACAAACACUGGAUCGUGUGGGUACCCAAAUGUGCUAACAAUCGACGGACCGAUGAACACUGCGUUGAGUGGUGCAUUAUACAAUGGUGGAGAAGCCUGUGGAGCUUGCUUCAAGAUACAAUGCAUCUCCAUUCCGUUUGGAAAUCUUCAAUGCCUGCCAGGGAGCAUAGUGGUCACAGCCACCAACUUGUGCCCGCAAGGUAGCACUGGCGGCUGGUGCGACGAGCCCAGGAGUCACUUCGAUCUUGCCGAGCCUGCUUUCCAGCAUUUGGCUCCGCCUGUAGCAGGAGUGGUGAACGUAGAAUACGAGAGGGUAAGCUGUCUGAGAAGUGGCGGUAUCCGUUUCCUCAUUCAGGGCCAUCCGUAUUUUAUGCAGGUCCUCGUUUACAAUGUGGGUGGGAUGGGUGAUGUGACAGCAGUAUCUGUGAAGGGUUCCAGCUCCGAUUGGAUACAAAUGGAUCGAAACUGGGGUCAGCUCUGGACUACAGGAACCGUGCUUGAUGGGCAAGCUCUCUCUUUCUCGGUGACAACAAGCGAUGGCAGAACUGUGGCAAGUAAUGGUGUAGCUGACUCUGACUGGCAGUAUGGCCAGACCUUUGAGGGCAACCAAUUCUAGUAUCUAGCAUAAUCUAUACGCUCUACGUUCUGCACAUUGCAUUAACUUCGGAUAUCUGGAAAGUUUCAGAAUCGUCCAUCCACAAACUGAUUCGUUUGAGAUUCGGUCGUCCUGCAUAGCAUUCAGUUAGUGCCAAUGCUACCGAGGUGUUCUCCGCGGCAUGUCUACGAUGCACCUCUAUUUUACAUAUUGAUAAGGAGCAUUACUUAUCAGCGUACAUCCUUAUACAGUGCUUUAGAAGCUUGUUGAGGCUACACAACAGCGACAA